AGGUUUGCUAAACAUGCAACGUGUAUGGUUUGAAUGACUUCAGCUAAGUUCCUGUUUCUCUUACAGAACUGCAUCUUUUUUAGUCAGCAAGCGCCUGGAUUUUUCACCGUGAUGUACAGCAGCUGAAGAAGUUAUUGUAAUAUACACACUCUGCUCUCUACCAAAACAGAAAAGGCUAUAAGCUCCAAACAGUAAUUGUAUUUCAUCUGACAUUUCCCAGUGAAAGGCUCAGCCUGUUGUUUCUGUGGAACCAUUCCUUGAAAAGUUCAGUUUCAAACACCGUCGAACAGGAAAUAAGCACAGCGUGGAGAGAAGGAUGACUUCUCACAACAUGACCUGGAUCAGCUACCCAAGCAAGAGCCAGCCUUUCACUUCUCAAGAAGAAAUCGAAGCUGUCAUAGCUUCUCAAAACAUCAUAUCCAGAUUUAUGCACUGUUAUAUUGCCUUUUUUAUACCCACAGGAUUAAUAGCUGGCAUAUGUAUUUUGAUCAUUUUCAUAAAGAAUCAUUUGCAGAACAAAAGAGCAAGCUUGGACUUACUUCUUCUACACUUCACCAUCAGCAACAUCAUAAUGAUUUUUUUAUCCUUUACUGUCAUCCCUAGACCUGACUAUUUAACAGUAACCCACCUUGCCUGUAGCGUGCUGUCAUUUUUUUUUAACUUUGGUUAUUUCAGUUCUCACUAUGUUUUAAUUCUGACACUUCUCACACUAUUACUGGAGAGAUUUCCACAAUGGACUGCUCCCUGCAAAGCCACCCAGAGACCCAUCUUGUGUGUCGUGCUUGUACUGACGUGCACCUUCUGUCUGUCCCUGGCGGAGGCAGUGCUGGUUGGCACUGAUAAUUACCAGCUGCAAGCACACUGCCAGCUGGAUCCAUUAUUUGCCUGGCCUGCAUACGAGAUGGUUAAAUUCACCUUUGGGUUUGGAAUCCCAUCACUACUCCAGAUCCUCUGUUUUACUGCUCUGUGGGCUAAAGAAGGGCCUGCUGGAGCUCCAGCCUUGCAGCAGCACAUCCGUGCUCACCCCGCUGUGUACGUGACCAGCGUGACAAUAUUUAUCUGCCGCCUGUUUUAUAACGUCAUGAUUCUCUUCAGGACAACACUGAAACUACAGAGGAGCAUUGGAACUACAAGGAACGAGCUUGUGAUGAACAUUGCAGAAAUAGUGCUGUUCUGUGAGAGCUGUGCUAGUUUGGUCAUUAUACUCUUUCUUUAUAAGCCAUGCAAGGAUGAAGUACUUAAAGUCAUACAGAAGUGCCGAAGGGAAACCCGUGCCAACAAUCACCUUGAAAUAGCAGAAACAGCCCCAACCCAUCAAAAUGGGUCCCAGUAAUACUUGCUCUUCUAAACAACUGUCAAUCCACCUCGCUUUUUAGCUUGUGGGUUUUGGUUUGGUUUUUUACUUCUUCAAAAAAAGGGCAAUUGUUCCUUCUUUAGAACCCAAACUUGGCCUAUCUUACAGCUAGCAGUACUGAAAGAAAAAAGAUGGUCAGUUCUAGUACAGUGAUCUGUGAGAAAACUUCCAGG